AUGAAGAUCAGCUCAGCAUCCCUCCUCGUCAUCUCUGCCGCUCUCUUGGCUAGCAGCACCACCAAUGCUACUCCUCUUGCGUUCAACGCAGACGACGACCAAAUAUCGGUCCCUAUCCAAGUUCCUUUCUCCGCCACCCCUCGCGUUCUAACUUUGCCCAACUGGUUCCACCACUCUUCUGACGACGACGGCGACAUCUGCCCCCAGCUCCCUGUGCAAUGCGUCCGCGAUGGCAAAAUCGUCGGAGAUCUGGGCAAGCAAGAUUUCUGUCGACGCGGUCUCUCUUGCUCCAUGUGCAACCCUAAAAAGAAAUCCCUCGACUGCAACACCAAGUACAUCAAAGAGUGUGCUACCCAAUGCACCGCUCGUGGUCCCCUAGGCGGUAAAGCCGACCAAAUCUCCCACAUUGUCGAGCAGGGUGUCGAGGGAGCAAAGCAAAAGUGGGGUGUAGUGAUGGAUGGUGAUGAGGACGAUAUUUGCCCCGACAUGAAGGUCAGCUGCAAGAACAAGGAUGGUGAGACGGUGGGUAGUAUCGGUAAGAAACCUUUUUGCAGGGAUGGUGUGACUUGUGGACAAUGCCAUCAGACCGAGAACAGCGUUGAGUGCAAUGCAAAGUUUGUUAAGGAGUGCAAGGCGCAAUGCGAGGCUACUGGUCCUCUUGGUGGCAAGGGAGUUUUCGCCUACCUUUACUAG